GAGGAACAGGCAAAACCAGAUUUCCCGGGUGUGAAGUAAGCAAUUCACGAUUCUCAUUUGAUAGUAACAGCAAAUGUACAACUUUAUCUCCAACAUAUUUGACUUCAUUGUUUGGCUUUCAGUUAACUGUAUGAGAACCAUAAGGAAAGCCUGUGGCUUAGAAGUGAUCUAAGCAUUGGAUCGAGCAUUACACUCCAUGGCACUCGGAUUUUCUCUCAGACUAAGGACUCUAACACCACGGGUGGGAAACCAAGAACAAGACAGUAAGGAGAGAAGGAAAGAUGAAAGACCGACUUCAAGAAUUAAAACAGAGAACCAAGGAAAUCGAACUCUCUCUGGACAGUCAGGUGUUUGCAGAAGCAGAUGACCAAGGCGUGCUUGUCCAGCAAGCUGUUAUUUAUGAGAGAGAGCCUGUAGCUGAGAGACAUCUACAUGAGAUCCAAAAACUGCAGGAGACUAUUAACAGCUUUGCUGAUGAUGUUCAAAAGUUUGGACAGCAACAGAAGAGCUUGAUGGCUUCCAUGAGAAGGUUUAGCCUACUUAAGCGAGACUCGACCAUUGCGAAGGAGAUAAAAAUCCAAGCAGAACACAUUAACAGAGCACUGGGUGAUUUGGUCAAAGAAGUAAAUAAGUCAGAGAUUGACAAUGGUCCGUCAUCAGUGGUCACAAGGAUACUGAAGUCUCAGUAUGCCGCGAUGUUCCGCCACUUUCAGCAAACCAUGUUUCUCUACAACGACACAAUAGCCUCAAAGCAAGAGAAGUGCAAGACAUUUAUUGUCCGCCAGCUUGAAGUGGCUGGAAAGGAAGUGUCUGAAGAGGAAGUGAAUGCCAUGCUUCAUCAUGGGAAAUGGGAAGUUUUUAAUGAAAGCUUACUCACCGAGACCAGCAUCACUAAAGCACAGCUCUCGGAGAUUGAACAGAGACACAAAGAGCUUGUGAAUCUGGAGAAUCAAGUGAAGGACCUGCGGGACCUCUUCAUUCAGAUAUCUCUUCUGGUAGAGGAGCAAGGAGAAAGCCUCAACAACAUUGAGGCAAUGGUGACCAGCACAAAAGAUUAUGUCAUCAAUACCAAAGAGAAAUUUGGACUUGCUGUAAAAUACAAAAGAAGAAACCCCUGCAGCGUUCUGUGCUGUUGCUGCUGCCCAUGCUGUGGUUCCAAAUAAAGAAACUUCUCGGGGUUCAGGGCUAAGGUUUCCACAUUUCAGAGUCUUGUUUGGGUUGUCUGCAUUCCACAAGUCCAGUUACAUACAUUUUAACACUGCUAACUGGCCACUUUUCCCUUUAACACUUGUCCACUAAAGUUAACAGAAAUGCUGAAGCCGGUGACACAAGACAGGCACUUAAAUGUGCAGGUUAACUAUUAAAAAUGACAGUGAAAGAACUUACGUUUCUGGAAAGAUAUCGAGUCCUCCUGUGCAUUUCUGAAUUCUUAUGAUGAAUAUUCAACUAAGUGAUACAGAUACUUUAUUAUUCUGGCUUAUUUGAGAAUAGUUGGGUAACUGAGAGUUGUAUAAAGCAAGGUCUCAAAAGAUGCCACAGUGCAUCAAAAUGAAGCUAAAAGGCCUAUUAAGUCUUUGUCCUCAGAUAGGUGAGUAAACCUGGUGCUAGCUGGACUCUGGGAAAACACAAUCAUAAACGUGAUGACAGUCAAGCAUAAGACCUAAGGUGAGGUAAGUCUGUUUUUAUGAACGUGGAAACGGACAAGAAACUGAAUUACAUACAGAUCGGAGGACUUGAUAAAGUCAAAAGGCAACUGUGUGUUUGAACAUGUGACAUUACCUUAUGGUGAAGUAUAAAUUAAUGAAGAGGCCAGAGAGGACUGUGUGAUGGUCCUUCUGACAGCCUCCAGCGUGCUCGGAAGACACAGGAAUGCACCACUGAGCCCAUUCUGCUUUUUCUUGAAGCCCUGCCUUUCACUUCUCGGCUGUCUUUGCACUGUGCUCCGUCUGCACUGUUCUUUCUGUAAUGGAGCGGGUCAUUCUGGAGAUUCUAUUCUGGGUCAUUCUGGAGAUUCUAUUCUCUCCAUUUGUUAUGCCUGAAAUAAACCUGUCCUUAUUAUCACCAA